AUGCCGUCGCUCAGGCAUCGCAAGACUUCCAUUGAUUUCAAGAAGUCGAAGUCAGUGAUCAAGAACCAAUGCAUGCUUGCAAGGUCUGAGUUUUUCAGCAAGAGCUCGGAGAAGUUUUUGCAGGAGCUGUCGACACUGCUUGAGGUCGACUUGUUCCUUCCAGAGCAGGAAAUUAUCAAAGCAGGCGACGACGGGGACAGGAUGUAUUUUCUAAACUGGGGUUCGGUGGAAGUCAUCCUUGGCGAGAAAGUGGUUGGCGUCUUGGAGAGCGGCCAGGUUUUUGGUGAGAUGGCCUUGUUCGGAAACGGAAAGCGCAGCUGUACAGUCCGAGCGCUUGACACGUGCGACUGCCGUAGUGUGAAUCAGCACAGCUUCCAGCGGCUACUGCUGGCCUAUCCGAAGGAACGUGAGCGCUUUGAGAAGCUCGUGGAGGAUCGAAUGCAGGAAACUUCCAGGGUGAAGCAGGACAUGAAGCGGGAGCGCGAUGAUCGCAAAUCCGUGGCUCCGACGGAGUCCAGGCUUCGAUCCAUCACUUUGCGAAGUCUCUCUGUGAUUGCCAAGAUGGGGGUGAGAGGACUUCAGCAAAAAGCUUCGUCAUUAGAUAGCCCUCAGAGCAUCUUUCCAACCGAUUCUGGUCGAAGGCCAAAACGAACCCGACCAGCUACAGACGGGGAGGUUUGGGAGACUUCUGGUUGCAGGCUGUCGACUGACUCAAGCGGCAUUCCCGCGGAAGCUUGCAGAUCAGAGCUCGCAGAGCUGGCAGAUCAGUCGACAACAGAUGAAGGAGCCAGCAUCCAGAGCUUAAGCCGCCGAAGCUCGGCCACUGGCACUGCCGUGAACAGUGAAAGAGGGGACUCCGAGGGCCACCAGAUACAAGAUCCGCACAGCCUCCACGACGAGUCAAGAAGAACGAGCUCUGUGUCACUCGUGUCUGCAGUGCAUGGGCCUGACAACGACAACAGAUCUGAACAGCAAGAUCAGGAAGCUGCGGUUUCAGCUCCCUCCCUGAGCCCAGAGCCUGGUGAGGGUGUGGGCCAGGUGACGGGAAGAAGAUCCAGUCUUGCGGCUUUGAGUGCAGACUCCGAGCAUCACGGCCCAGCCGAGCCAGGGAAGCCUUGGAAACCGAAGGCUCGGCCAUCUCGGCGCCUGGGCCUAGGCCGAUUUCGCCUACCUUUGCCCAAGCGCUCCUCGCCUCAGCCGUCGCCGUCGCCGCCGUCGUCGCCGUCGCCCACGACCUCUGGCGACACGGCUUCUGAAGAGCAAAGUGCAGACGAAGCUGUGGCACCGGUGUCUCUCCGCUUGCCCUCCAUAGGGGAGCUGAGCAACGGUUCUCGAACAAGUGAAGCAGAGGGGCCAGAUCAGGCUGUCCCUUCUUGCAGCGCUGAGGGGACGCCAGAGCAUACCGGUAUGCAGCUACCUCCCAUUCGCCUCCUGUUCACGGGCAACAGUGCUGACCUUCGUCCUACCUUCGGGCCCGUCUCUUGUGAGGAGUACGAGGAUGAGGAUGGUUUGGAUAGUUCUGACACUUCCAGCAGCAGUGCCAGCCCUACAAGUGGCAAAGAUUUAGAGGUACACUUUCGCGAAAAGCAGCAGAGCUGCUGUGACAUGUACAUGGAUGCGGGAAAGUUCAGGCUCGGAAAACCGACGUCAACUGGCGGGCACGGCAACCGGUGUGCUAGACUGCUAGAAUACGACUUGCCGGACCCUCUCAUCACAUUCAUGCAUGGCUUCAGCGGAUUCGUGUGGAGAUUGGCGGCUCUUUUGGCAGUACUUGCCCAGGUGCCAGCAUUCAACAUCACCGUCUCCGGAACGUUGAGCUUGACUGGAGCAGACCCCACUGACUCCCUAGAAGCCCUACAAGGCAUCAACCUGGACAUACGGGAUGAUGCCGGUUCGGCGGAAGAAGUUCGCCGACAGUACGCAGACAUGCUGCAGGAUGCGCAUGCACCAGUUGGUCCCGAUGGAGGCUACAACUUGCGAGUCUUCAUAGGGCCGAUCUCCCGCGAGCUUUCGGAGGUCGCGGCGAAUCUCACCUCUUCCCAAAGUGUUCCAAUCCUGCUUCCAUUCGUUUCGCUUCCAGAGAAGCAACGAACUCAAGGACACGGACGCACUUUGAUCAACUCCUUAGAAGUCCCGCCGGAGCUUUUCAUGAGACGUCCGCUCCAAACCCUCCAUGCACGAGGAGCCAAGACUGUGGCGAUAUGGGAAAGUGAUGAUCCAUACCUUGCGGCAAUGUGCCAGGGCGCUGCCACUGCAGCCACCGCCAUGGGGAUGACCUUGGUGUAUCGGCAUCGCAGCUCUGCGAUUGACAACGUCAUUGAGGACAUGAGGCUACUGGCCGCAGAAGGUCCCGAUGUCUUCGUGGUUUGUGCAGAGUACAAGCAGGGUGUGGAGCUCAUGAUGUCUAUCGACUUCUUGCAUUUCAGCCCGCAGGCAAUCCUGAUGUGGGACUCGGCGACCCCGGAGUUCUCGGAAGCACUGCUGGUUGCCAGUGCUCUGAACAUCGUGGCCCCUGAAAUUUGGAGUUCCAGGAUCGAGCCAUGUACUAUUCAAUCCUGCGACACCUCAGUGACCAGAGAAGCCUUCGCAGCUGCAUACCAGAGUCGUUACAAGAUGGAACCCUCUCUGUCUGCUGCUCAAGCUGCAGCGGCUGCAAUGGCCUUGACAGUGAAGCUUGCAAACGAGCUGGAGGAUAUUCUCUUCGCGAAUUCAGUUGCGCCGCCUUUCAGACAGGUAAACACGGAAAUACAGCUCUUGCUGCUGGAGUGCGAUGCCACCAGGGACUCCUUCUACCAGGUGCUGUGUUUCGACAGCCAGGGAUUUCUGGUAUCCUCCAUAAUGGGCGUCUCCCAACUCGUUGCCGUGAAUGUCAGUGAUGCCGGGCGUCGACUGCAGGGCGCACCACAGCCGCCACAAGCCGACAACAUCAGCACCGACACGCUUCUGGCCUACACUCGGCUGACACCGCAACUGCUCGAGGUGUAUCGGAUCUCGCAGGCCUCGUCGCUGCAGCUGCCAAUAGCGUAUCCGAGACCUUCGGAAGACUCGCGAGAGCUGAUGCGAUAUCCAUGUGAGGAUGGCUUCGAGGUGGUAACUUCAGCUUUGUUCAGGAUGCUGGCGCGCAUUGCGGACAACACCACAGGACAGGGGCCCAGCACUCCGUGCACUCCAUGCCUGGACGGAAGCUCGCGAGAUUCGCGCAGCCCCAGAUGCACUGCCUGCCCAGCGGGAACGCAAGCGACAUCGCAAGGCCAGUCGGAGUGCAAGGAUUGCCUGCAGGGAGCUGUUUGCGAUCCUGCAAACAGCACAUUGGUAGUUGCACCGGACUACUACUACUUUCAUGGCCUUCUCUUCUCUUGCACUGUGAAGGGCCGCUGUCUAGGUGGCAACCUCUGCGCCGGCAACAGUUCGGGUGCCCUUUGCUUGCAAUGCCAGCCAGGUUUGGUUUUAGAUCCUGACAGCACCGAGCCGGAUCCUUGCCGGCCCUGUCUAGAUGAGUGGACAGACACGUGGCACAGACUCAUCAUUGGAAUGUGUGCGUAUCUGGUGGCCUUUGCAUGGCUGCUGGCAUCACAUGUGAACGCAUGCAAAUCACUUUCGUCAACGUCUGCGUCCACCCUGAGAUCACUGGUGAACUACUUUCAGUUCACAGCGAUCACCGCCAAGAUCAUGACGCCCGAGUAUAUGGCCGACUUCUUACCCAACACACAGGCCUAUUUCCGAACGGUUGCCGCAUUGGUCUUGGAUCCAAUCGAAGAAAUUCCGGUGAGCUGCUUCAUCCCCAUGUGGAAGCCAUACCAGGUGAAGGUCCUGAUCGGCUUUUGCAUCCUACCCCUGACGCUUUUGGCUUCGUUGGUGUUGUUGUUCACAUGGGAGUUCAUUCUAGCUCCAUUGCUGAGCUGCAGUCGGGAGGACUCGCAGGACCCGUCCAUGUCGGAAGAGCUUGGUGCUUUGCCUGGCCAGCGCAUCCAUAGCACUCAAGGCAGGUCCGUUCACCACACGCACAGCAUCGAGUUCCACCAAUCUUCUCGUGCCACACCAACCCUGAGAAGGCUUCUGGCAAAGCUUUCUGAGGCGUCUAUGAUCUGGUGUCACCUGUUGUUGCCCAUGUCUGUCUACAACAUGCUCGGCGCUGUUCUGUGCCGGGACCCGCAGGUCGCUGCCGUUACGGUUGUCGACUAUCCGCGCCCGGUGAACGUCCUGCUAUCGGACAUCGGUCUGACAUGUGACGAUUCCUCGCAUCAACCGUGGCUGAUUCUCGCAGUCGUAGGAUUAGCAGCCUAUGGUUUGGCGAUUCCUUGCGGCUUGCUCUUUAUCGUGCGAGCCAUGUACGCCGAGAACUGGCUGUCGGAGAGGGCAGUGGGAUACUUUUUGCACGGUGCAAGGCCAGCAUAUCUGUACACUGGCCUCAUCACGCUGAUGGUGAUUGACUCGGCCGCCAUUCUGUCAGCCAUCUUGACUUUGGGUCGCUUCUUGCGCCUCCAAGGUCUUCUCGGCGUGUACUGCAUCGCCUGCUUGGCCUUGAGUUGGACAAGACCUUACGAUGAGCGGGACCAUUCAGCUUUGCUGAGGCUGGAAGUGACCAGUAUGGCCUGCCAGGUGUUGGCAGUUGCGAACAUCAUGAUCGGUGCACCCUGGGGCAGCAGCGGAGUUCUCGCCCAGGUCUCGGUGCUCACCGAAGCUGUGCAGAUACCGGCAAACCUGUACUUCUUCCUUGUGGUGCUAUGGUCUCUGACCAACAAUGCCGUGAUCAAGAGUAUCCGGUACGCGCCAGACGUGGAAGAUCUUUUUCGCCCUCUGCAAUGGCUGCAUGCAUUCUUCGACAUGCAUUCGGACAAGGUUGUCUACGACGUCCACACGCAAGAGCUCGACAUGUCGGGCCUCUCCAGAAGCUCCAGAAGCUCCUUGAGAGCUGCCUUGAGUGGUGCCAUGGGGCGUUACUUCGAGGCUGCUGCCCAGGGCCUGGUGCCUUGGAGCGAGGUCGGCGUCGAGAAUGAUUUUGAGCAAGCGGUCAUGGACGAGGAAGAAGGCUCCAAAGGACUGCUGUAUAUCGGUUUCCUCUCGGCAGCCAUCAGGGAGAUGAUGCUGGAGGUGGAGCAGUCCCGGGCAGUCAGAUACAAGGAGAUGAGGAAGGCGUCCUCCUUGUAUCAGAUGCUGAGGAAGCUCUUCGAGACUGUGUCGAGCGCGGGGGCAGCCUCUGAAGCCGACGAGGAAACGGACUCCGAAAUCGCUCGAGGCAUUUCUUUCUCAGAAGCCCGGGAAGAAGUAUUGAAGAAGCCAAAGCUCUCGGCGACCACGGAGGAACUUUACAUGGCAAGCAUGCUCAUGAUGCGGAGCAUCGAGGAGGGCAGCCCCCUGCUCUACAACAUGCAAAGCCAUCAAGGGCCACGUGAGACCGUUAAAAAGCACCACGACGACGACGUCGUCAAAGCCGUGCAAGAGUGGCAAGCUGACCAGCCGAUCGAAGCAUUCCUGGAAGAGUUGACAGUGACCACCAAGCAGCCGGAGGAUGACGACCGCAGCCAAGCCGCAGAGUACUUUCCAGAAGUUUUCAGUGCUGAAGAUGCGGCGGAUCAAGAUGAUGACAGGAGCUAUCCGGAAGCCGAUGCGGAAAGCGUUCCUUCUGUCGGGAGAGAAGCUCUCCUUGCCAACACUUUAGGCCUACAGAGUGCAAGUUCAGCUCGAGCGGAGUACUCUGUGUUGCUCGGCGAACACGACCAAUGCUUCGCAGAGAUCUUUGAGCUGAAGGCAGAGAUCCAGGACCUGCGGCAUCGAAUCGUCGAGGCUCAGGCGGAGCUCCACGGCAUGGACCACGUCAUGUCCAGGGAGCCGAGCGCUGGGAGUGAGCAGCUGAGUCGACAAGGCGCAGACGCCCCGGCCAAGGAUCCGCAGACGGGCCCUGGUGUGCGUCAAGCCAAGUCUACUCGCUCUAGUCAAGGCCACCUUGGCGCAGAAAGUCCGAGACGAGACUCACAAGCCGCCCUACGAAGCCCGAGACGUCCCCCUGCGCACAACGUCUAUGCCGGUUAUGCUGGUGAAGUUGUGGAAGCAGAGCCAGAUUCGGGUUCGGAGGAGUCAGAGACGCCACCACCGCAGUCCCGCGCGAGGCCACAGUCAGAGUCCCGCAAGGACAAGCCUGUGGCAAAGAGCUUGCAGGCUUCAUUGAUUCCACUGGCACAGGGAGGGGACAACUUGUGGGCGAGACCUACGACCUGA